UUGCCGUAGUGUUCAUAUUUUUGUUUCGUGGUACCAUCUGUUUACUAAAACUAGCCAAAUAAACUACUUUUGUAUUAAGUUUUAUUUACUGUUAAGGCUCAAAAAUGAACGUCCAGCCUUCAAACCCCAACAAUCCCAUUGUGUUCUUUGAUGUGACGAUAGGAGGACAGGAUGUUGGAAGAAUGAAGAUUGAACUGUUUGCAGAUGUUGUUCCCAAGACUGCUGAGAAUUUUCGGCAGUUCUGCACAGGGGAAUUCAGGAAAGAUGGUGUUCCUAUAGGAUUCAAAGGAUGCACCUUCCAUAGGGUUAUUAAAGACUUCAUGAUUCAAGGCGGUGACUUUGUAAAUGGAGACGGAACAGGGAUCUGCAGCAUCUACAGAGGUCCAUUUGCAGAUGAAAACUUCAAACUGAAACAUUCUGCUCCUGGCUUGCUAUCUAUGGCAAACAGUGGCCCAGGAACAAACGGCUGCCAGUUUUUUAUCACCUGUACAAAAUGCGACUGGUUAGACGGGAAGCAUGUCGUGUUUGGCAAAGUGGUGGACGGUUUGCUCAUAAUGAGAAAAAUUGAGAAUGUGCCUACGGGACCAAACAACAAACCCAAACUACCCAUCCUCAUUGGCCAGUGUGGAGAAAUGUGAUUUCUUCUUCUUUUCCCACAUCUAUUUUUUUAACAACUGUAUUGUUGUCACAUGUAUGCACUGGUUUAUUAUAUUCAUGUCACCCACAAGAGAAACCUUAAAAUCAAGAUUGAGUUUUCUUCUAUUAUUUUGAUCUAUGAUGCUCUACAGUAUCUUCCUCACAAAUUCCAACAUGAUAAACUGUGAUGUCCUCCUCAAAAUUUAGAAAGCUGAUAUAACAAACAUUGUGAGACAAAUACUGAAGACAAGUGUGUCCUGUUUCUCUUGAGGCAUAAGAUGAAUACUUUCAUUGUCCAUCUUUUGGAUCAUUUUACAGUUAUCCAUUCACAAUGUUGUUUGACUACAUUCUUUUCCAAGUAUCCUGAAUAAAUUUCAGCUUUUUUGUAAGAAA